AUGGAUGAGGCUCCAGAUACCUUCAUCGCAGAUUCAGAUCAAGCUGAAGUGGCCUCUGCCUGCGUCUGCUGCGGAGAGAAUGGAAUAACGAGGAUGCUCUUGACAAAGAUUCCGCACUUUAAUGACAUUGUCGUCAUAUCAUUCGAAUGCAACAGCUGUGGAUACUCCAAUAAUGAAAUACAAGGUGUUUCAUCCAUAAAGGAUCGUGGAGUCAAGAUCAAAGUUGAAGUCAAUACUAGCAAGGGAUUAAACAACCAAGUUGUCAUUUCAAAUCAUUCUUCAAUCAAAAUAGUUGAGAUCGAUUUCGAGGUCCCACCAAUCCCGCAAAAGGGCGUUGUAACAACUAUAGAAGGCCUAGUCUCUGGAAUUUCUUCAAAUUUGGAUGAACACAUAAAGUCAAUCGCAGAAGCAUUAGUAACAAAUGUAGAUUUGAAUAUUCAGUUGACAACUGGAGAAGUAAAAUCUGCUACAGAAUACAUUCACAUUCUCUCUGAAAUCAAGGAUAAACUUGUCUCGUAUAGUUCUGGCACAGAGCCCUUCACAAUUUUGAUUGAUGAUCCGUCUGGAAACAGUUACGUAGAAAAUACCGAGUCAAUUGUACUUUCAGAGGAAACUUACCAGAGAUCGGAGGAGCAGCUAAAGGCAAUGGGUUAUGCUACAAAGGAGGAAACAAGCCAAGAACUUGACCUUACAAAACCCCUGGAAGAUGAAGAUGUUGGAAAGGAGGGGCUAUCUCUGAUUGUUGACUGUCCAAAUUGUGGAUUGCAAGGGCACAAUAAAAUUUGUGAAGUACUUGUACCAGGGUUUGGAAGCUGUGUUAUUAUGGCAUUCACAUGUGAGAACUGCGGCUCAAAAACAAAUGAAAUGAAGCCUGGUGGUGGGUACAAGGAUUUUGGAAAAAAGUGGAAGCUAGUUGUGGAGUCUCCCCAGGACCUAAAUCGAGAUGUCAUAAUUUCAGAAACUGCAACAAUAUUCAUUGCUCACUUAGAUUUUGAGAUGACUCCUGGUACAAUAGGAAGUGCAUUUACUAGUCUUGAAGGUUUAAUUAUUAAAAUGGUUGAGGGACUAGAAUCAUCGCACCCGUUUCUUAUAGGUGAUUCUGCGCCUGAAUCACAAUCAGAUCUCAAGGAAAAGAUAAAACAACUAUCGCAACUCUCAAAAUUGGAGGGAAUUAAAAGUUUUACACUUGUUAUAGAUGACCCUGCCGACCAUUCCUUCAUAGGACCAAGACCAAAUCAAUCAGGUGAAGAUCCAAAUCUCGUUUUUGAAACAUAUACAAGAACAUAUGAACAAGAUGAAGAGCUAGGUCUAAUAGGAAUGAAUACAGAAGACUACUAA